AUGGAGUCAAAUGCUUUGAACGGAAGAAUGGCUCAUUGGCAAAUUUUACUUUUUGAGUUUGACAUAGUCUACGUGAACCAAAAGGCUGUAAAGGGGAGUGCAAUAGCAGAUUUUCUGGCCAGUAGAGCUCCAGAAGAUUAUGAGCCACUAAGCUUUGAUUUCCCGAAUGAGGAUCUAAUGUACGUUGCAACCAUGGAAGAAGACUCCCAAGAAGGACACCCUUGGAAGCUGAAUUUUGACGGAGCUUCCAAUGCUGUGGGGAAUAGAAUCGGGGCAGUUUUGGUAUCCCUAAACAGAUAUUAUUAUCCUUGUACCAGUGAAUGGGAGACAAGAGACCCUAAGUUGAUCAAUUACCGAAGGCUGGUUCUUGAGUUAAUCGAGAAGUUUAACGAUAUCACUUUCUGCUACCUUCCACGAGAUGAAAACCAGAUGGCUAAUGCCUUGGCAACCUUAGCUUCUAUGAUCAAAGUAAAUAAACAAGAGGAUGUGAAGCCUAUCCAAAUGAGUAUUUACGAGGCUCCGGCUCAUUGCUGCAACAUCGAAGAAGAAGAAGAGAAAGAUAAUCAUCCUUGGUAUUAG